CCACUUGAUUAUUUAUAUGAAGACUAGGACCAUCACAAUAUAGUUACUAAUUAAGGGAAGAAGUGUGAACUAUUAUAUUCAAAUCGUCUAAGUCUCUCAAGUCGAUUUACGUAUACAAGUAAAGCAAUAUUUUUGUAAUGGCGACAACUGCAAUGCAAAGACCAGCAACUGUAUCUUUUGGAGGUGAUAUUGUCCUUGACCGCCGACGAGGUUCAAGGUCAUAUAGUAUUCAGCAUGAUAGAAGAGAUUCAUACGAUCAGCUAAGAAGACAGUCAAUCAAAUACCAGUUCCCGAAUCCAAUACUUGAAGCAGAAAUAAAAGAUUCUGAUUUGCCGGAAGUAAACGAAGAAGACAUACGGAAACACGUUUUUGGUAAACCUGUUAGUGAAAUGACAUUUAUUGGUCUGGAUACAUCAGUUCGUAGACCGACUGUUUCAAGUGCUCGUCAUUCCGUAAUAUGGGCACGUGACCGGAAAUUGUACGAAGAACGAAAUAAAUUUCAUGUGGAGGAAUUUAGAAAUCAGCCUUACAUGAAACAUGAGUACCCGACACUUCGAAAACAUUAUCCAGGAACAUGGAAGUUAGCAACAAGAGACCAAAUCGACGAAACAACUGAUAGGUUAUCGCACACACCUGCUCCAACGGCUGCAAGCUUACAUUUACACAAGUUUCAUUCGUACCUGUAUAGAAAGCUUCAUGAAUCGAAUCAUAUGCCAAAUUCAAGCUAUCGAAGGCGACCGAAGACUUCUGUGUUUUGAAUCUGAUAACACAAUGCAUACAUUGUUCUAUUUUGCAAUCGAAACAUCGUAUCAAAUAAGUUUGCAUCUAUAUUUUAUACUUUGAAUUAUAAAUUCAUUAAGGUAUGACAGAACGUACAAAUACGUGAUUUAUUAUAUAGUGUUAUAGAAACAAGAAUCACGCAUUCAUGUCCUAAAAGGAUAAAGAACACACAAAACUAUAUACAUUAAAAUAGAUUUGUCAUGUUGUGUUAAAUCUGUAUUGUUUUGAAUUGAACUAAAUUAAAGCAUUAAAUCUUU